GGGGCGGCGGCGACGGGCUCGGCCGGCCGGCGCGGGGCCGCCAUGGGCAACCUGUUCGGUCGCAAGAAGCAGAGCCGGGUCACUGAACAGGACAGGGCCAUCCUGCAACUGAAGCAGCAGAGAGACAAGCUGAGGCAGUACCAGAAGAGGGUCACGCAGCAGCUGGAGAGGGAACGGGCUUUGGCCAGGCAGCUGCUUCGGGAUGGCAGGAAAGAACGGGCCAAGCUGCUACUCAAGAAGAAGAGGUACCGGGAGCAACUGCUCGAUAGGACAGAAAACCAGAUCAGCAGCCUGGAAGCCAUGGUUCAGAGCAUUGAGUUCACGCAGAUCGAGAUGAAGGUGAUGGAGGGGCUUCAGGUGGGGAACGAAUGUCUGAAUAAGAUGCACCAGGUGAUGUCCAUAGAGGAGGUGGAGAGGAUCCUGGACGAGACCCAGGAGGCCGUGGAGUACCAGCGGCAAAUUGAUGAGCUGCUGGCAGGAAGUUUCACCCAGGAGGACGAGGAUGCCAUCCUGGAAGAGCUGAAUGCAAUCACUCAGGAACAAAUCGAGUUACCAGAGGUUCCUUCGGAGCCCCUGCCUGACACAAGCCCAGAAGCCCCUGCCAAGGCCAGAUCCAGGCAGGCAGAGCUGGUGGCCGCUUCGUAACCUCCAGGGACUCAUAGGGAUUCUCCGAGGACUGUCCCACAGAGCCUUUGGCUGCGAGUCAACCCUGAGGGCUCCCAGGAGGCCUGAAGGGCUGGACGGGCCAGUGCAGGUGCCGAUGGCUGGAGCAGCAGCUUACACGGGAGCUGAUGUCAGGGCGCCACGUUGUGCAAUUUAGUCUGGAUGCACCUUCAUCUCUGCUCCUGGACUAAGUGGACACUCGGCCAGCCAGGCGCAGCUUCAGGCCGCUGUGGACCCCACGUUGGCCGCAGCCCACUACUCCUGGUGCUGUUCUCAUGCUGACCCAGCCCGUGUGACCUGCACUCUUCUGUGAGGAAGCACCUCAGACCUCGGGGUCCCUGUGCUCCCUUCUCUUGUAUCUCCUGCUCACAUGAGCUGGUGGGGGCUUCAGUUGAGGAGUUCUUACCUUGCCUGGCAUCCUGAUAUCCCUGUUUCCCUGCAGGCUAGUGACAGAAACCCUAGGAUACUGGUGUUCUCCAAAUCUCUUGGAGCAUCUUUGGCACCUCAGACUUGAUUGAGCCUCUUAUGUUGGGGGAGGUGGACCAGGGGCCAUCCUGCUGAAUGGACAAAUCUAGGAGCCUGACUUGGGAGUCUGUUCACAGAAGAAAGGCAUGUUGAAGUUGGUGACAAGACCCUGUUUUAAUGGACAUGUACCCGAUGGUGUCCUGGACACACUAAGCCACCAACGCCCAGGAGGCACAGAACUGGGAGGACCUCCAGAGCCCUACACUUGUUUGAUAAUGGACAAUCUCUGGUCCUCUAGUCUUUGAGGAACAAAGGGUCUUACAUACCCUUAGGGCCUACCAGGAAAGGAGGGCACCUCUUCCUUAACCCAAAACAGGUCAACCUCAGUAUUAAAGUUGACCCCUGCAUGGUCUUUGGCCUCUUGCACUUG